AUGAUGUAUUCCAUGUUUGCAAUCUCUCUUUUAAUAACAGUGUGCAUCCUGGCUUCACAAGCUACAGCAUUCCAGGCAUCCAAUCAUGUCUCCUCUUCGAAACAACAAAGCAUUCGACCUUCCAGCAGUAGUAGCAGCAGCCUCAUCGUUCUUCCGGCAGCAUCAUGCGACGUUGUGGAGCUGCAAGACUCAAACUUUCGAGGCUACUUUUCCAGUGAGACUCCCAUACUGAUUGAUGCCUGUGCCGAGUUCUGUGGACCAUGUAAGCUUAUUGAGCCACUCAUAAAUCAGUGUGCAUUGGAACGUAAGGAUAGCUUGGUGGUAAGUCGAUACGACGUGGAAUCCGACAGCAACGAAAUCAAGCUCGAAUUGUUAUUGCAACGAGUCAUGCCAAAAGCGCUACCCUCCUUGAUUUUGAUUCAAAACAAUAAGAUAUUGGGAACCAAGACUGGACUGCUGAGUGCGGAUGCCUUGAAUGAAUUUUUGGAUUCGAGCCUCAAGUCAUCUAUUUCAAAAGGAGGAAUCGAUCAAGAGAACGAUGACAAGGCAAGACGUAUCAAACGUAAGGGACUAAUCAGUUUUACGUAUAUGACAGACGAUUAUAUGCUCAAGGGUGAUCAAUUGUAA